UUCGUUUGUACUUCAGUCAGUUCCUCUUGUAUUAUGACAUUCGUUUCUUCUAUGUCACCAUAUGGAUUAAUUAUCCACGGUGGUAUUACCAUAGUCAAAAUAUCCUCAAACCUAGAUUCAAAAUCUGAAUAGAGGGCAUUUAAUAUUUUGCUUCCUUAGUUUAACUCUGGCAAGAAACGCUGAUAAGAUGGACUUUGUCUUAAUCAAAUUUAAAC